AUGGCCACCUCAACUCCACCAACUUCCCUUACUGAUUCCACAUCUGCACUCAACCCACCUUCCUCCAAUCCCACCGUUACCACUGGUCCCACCUUUCUUCACAUUGCCCUUAACCACAAACUUACACGUGAUAACUUUAGCUCAUGGAAGGCAACUGUUGUUCCUAUCUUAAAAGGACACUCUCUCUUUGGAUUUGUUGAUGGCACAUCAAUCUGCCCACCUCCAAGUUACCACCCAGUCUACAACUGGGACUAUUAUUUCAUAGCAUGGAUUAUGCAGGAUCAACUUAUUCUUGGUGCAAUCACCUCCUACUUAACUGACUCUAUCCUAUCUCACGUUGUUAGAUGCACAACGUCCAGAGAUGUUUGGCUCACCCUUGAACGUUUGUUCACAUCUCAUUCUCGAGCACGCACCAUGCAAGUCCACUACCAACUUGCCACUGUAAAAAAGGGAAACUCCUCCAUUGCAGACUAUUUCAAGAAGUUCACUGGUCUCAUGGACACCCUAGCAGCUGUAAAUCAGCCCCUGAAUGAAUUUGAAGCCGUCUCCUUCCUUCUUGCAGGCCUUGGCACCGACUAUGACUCCGUUGUGACCUCUGUCACCACCCGUGUGGAGCCCCUACUUCUGGAUGAAAUCUAUGGCCAUCUUUUGGCUCAUGAACAACGUAUCCAACAUCAACUCUCUUCUUUGGAUGUCUCUCUUGCAAGUGCUCACUUUGCUGCUAAAGGAAAACCCCCAAGAUGUGGCCGUGGACCACGCUUCUCCACUCAUGAUCAUGGACAUAACUUCUCUCACUCCAACAGAGGCAGGGGGCAUGAACGUGGUUUCCUCUCCUUUUCUCCAUGA